AUGGUGAGCUUGAGGAUGGACUUCAGCGUGCUCCUGGAGUCUCUGGGCUUUGUUAAAGUCCUUGAAUGGGUUCUUGCCAUCUUUGCUUUUGCCACAUGUGGAGGCUUUCAUGGUGAAACUGCUCUUCUAGUUUCCUGCAAAGGUGUGGUGAACAAAACAAUUACAGCUGCUUUUGCUUAUCCAUUCAGGUUGGAUACAGCUGUAUUUAGUGCACCAGACCCAAAAGGCUGUGGUGGUACUUGGAAUGAUGUCUACCUCAUGGGCAACUUCUCCUCUUCUGCACAGUUCUUUGUUACUCUGGCAGCAUUGGUGUUCCUCUACUGUGUUACUGCCCUUGUGGUAUAUAUUGGAUAUAACCACGUGUAUAGGCAAAAUAACAAGCUUCCACUAACUGACUUGGCAAUCAGUGUCUUGAUAGCCUUUCUGUGGCUGGUCAGUACUUUUGUUUGGGCAAAGGCUCUUGCUGACAUCAAGGUGUCCACAGGAGCCAGCAUUAUUCCAGGAAUUGAAUCUUGCAAAGCACCAGGAACAACUUGCCAUUUUCUUUCUGUGACCAGCAUGGGAACUCUGAAUGUGUCUGUGGUGUUUGGCUUCCUUAAUAUGAUUUUAUGGGCAGGAAACGUUUGGCUUUUAUACAAGGACACCAACUUGCACAACCAAUGGAACAGACUUUCUGAAAGCCCAACUGAAGGGGUAUAA